AUGGCAAAGGGCACUGAUGUGGGAGACCACAUACUAAAGAUGACCAAUUUGAUUGGUCAGCUAGAAGUACUGGAAUUCUAUAUGGAUGUUGAGCUGCUGGUUGACCUGAUCCUCCAGUCUCUCCCACAAUCAUUUGCCCCAUUCAUACUUAACUUCAAUAUGAACAAGCUUGAAUGCUGGCUCCCCGAGUUGUUAAAUAUGUUAACAAUUGCCCAGGCUCAAAUAAAAGGCAAGAAGCAAGAAGGAGUUCUUGCUAUAACUUCAUCAUCAAAGACUUCUAAAAGGAAGAAGAGUUCUUCCAAGAAGAAGAAGAAGCUUGGGCUGAAGAGGGACAUUUCCAAGAACAAGCACAUAGAGAAUAAGGCAAAAGGGAAGUGUUUCCACUGCCAGAAGGAUGGGUAUUGGAAGAGAAACUACCCAGUUUAUCUCUCCAGCUUGAAGGUCAAGCACUUAGAGAACCAACGUUCAAGUAUAUCUUCUUUUUAUGUUACCGAGAUGAUCAAGUGCAACUUCUCAUAUUUGUGA